GGCUGUCGCAGCAGUCGUGAGGUUCCUACCAACUUACCGUGUACCGAAGUUGGUCUACAUAGGUCUGCAGCCAUUGUUAUCUUCAUACAAUGAUCCGGGAACGUGCCGUCUAUAGAAAUCAAACCUGUGUAUCCACGUUUCACGGUCUACAGUACCCAUCCUGUCAAGAAUCCAGAACGCUAAGUAUGCAUCACCUGUCUAUAAUCCGAUUGAUGAAGCCGCACUAGAGGCAUGUCACCUCCAUUGUUUAUGGACAAAUUCCCGGCGGCGCUGCUUAUAAGGCGGACUAUGACUCCUGACUCCAUCUUCCAGCGUCCCUCUUCCUAAUCCACCCAGAUCCCAUCUCGUAUCAUGUCUGACGAAUACACCGUUACCCUCACUCUCCACCCUGACAAUCCAUCGAACACGAAGCUGGUCGACGAAGAUGGAAACACCGCCUAUACUAUCACUACGACCUUUGACGACAAGAGUGUCCCUACCACGAGAAUAUGCGACGAGACAGGGAAGCGUGUUGCAGAUUGGAUAUGGAGGGACAUGAAUCGGUCUCAUUUGCUGGCGUUCAAGGAUAGGAAACGCGAGGCAGCAAGUAAUUGGUUGCAGAAGAGCAUGAUCCCGUUCAAGACAACGGCGAGAUUCGUAGAUGACAAGGGCCGCGAGUUUAAAUGGAAGAACAACGAGCCAGGUCUGCAUCUCCAACUUUUCUCUGAGGACAGCAAGACUCGACCUAUCGCUCGCUUUGUACCACCACAAAUCGACCCUAAAGCACCUCGCGGCUCACCGCCUGUCGCACCUGCGAAACUCCUUCUCGAUUCGCUAGCAGAUGAGAUAUCGGACGAAGUCGUGGUCUCCUUUAUACUGCUAGAGGCCAAGAAGAGGGAAAAGGAGAUAGAGAGUGGUAAUCGUGCAUCUUCAGAGGUGUUUCUUGGACCACUAGCGGCUGGGACGACGGGUACAGCAUAGGUACCGCGAUGCAUUGUAUUGACUGUUCCGUGUCGAUAUUUUUUGGGACCAUUAUCAUUGCUUUCGG